UCACGGCCGCCGCCGGGGAAAGACAGACGGACUGCGCUUCCCCCUUCCGCGAGCGGUUCCCGGGCACCUCGGCUCGGCUGGGGAGCGAGCGGAGCGCGCCCGGCUAGCCGCCGGCCUCCAGAAGGUCCGCUGCGUCCCCCCUGGGCUGGAUAUGUUCAUGUUCACGUGAAGAUGGAUUUAGUGUACGGUCUCGUGUGGCUGCUGACAGUCUUCCUGGAGGGGAUCUCUGGCCAAGGAGUGUACGCUCCCCCCACGGUUCGUAUUGUGCAUUCAGGCUUGGCCUGUAACAUUGAGGAGGAGCGCUACUCGGAAAGGGUCUACACUAUACGGGAAGGAGAAACCCUGGAAUUGACCUGUCUGGUCACAGGACAUCCACGUCCACAGAUCAGGUGGACCAAAACAGCAGGAAGUGCCUCUGACAGAUUCCAAGACUCAAGUGUCUUCAACGAGACUUUGAGGAUUACAAAUAUUCAGCGACACCAAGGAGGCCGGUAUUACUGUAAAGCAGAGAAUGGCCUGGGGUCCCCAGCGAUAAAGUCAAUCAGAGUGGAUGUGUACUAUUUGGAUGAUCCAGUAGUAACUGUUCAUCAAAGUAUAGGUGAAGCUAAAGAACAGUUUUACUAUGAGAGAACAGUGUUCCUCCGGUGUGUUGCCAAUUCCAAUCCACCUGUUCGGUACAGCUGGAGACGUGGCCAGGAGGUGUUACUACAAGGAUCUGAUAAAGGAGUUGAGAUUUAUGAACCCUUCUUUACCCAGGGUGAAACAAAGAUAUUAAAACUAAAGAAUCUUCGACCUCAGGACUAUGCUAAUUAUAGCUGCAUUGCUUCAGUGAGGAAUGUAUGUAAUAUUCCUGAUAAGAUGGUGUCAUUUAGACUUUCCAAUAAAACAGCAUCUCCUUCAAUUAAACUCUUGGUGGAUGACCCUAUAGUUGUAAAUCCUGGAGAGGCCAUAACAUUAGUAUGUGUUACGACAGGAGGAGAGCCUGUACCCUCUCUCACUUGGGUCAGGUCCUUUGGGACUCUGCCUGAAAAGACUGUUUUGACUGGAGGAACUUUAACCAUACCUGCCAUCACCUCAGAAGAUGCUGGUACUUACAGCUGCAUUGCCAAUAAUAAUGUGGGAAACCCUGCAAAAAAGUCUACCAACAUCAUUGUGAGAGCAUUAAAAAAAGGACGAUUUUGGAUCACACCAGAUCCUUAUCACAAAGAUGACAACAUCCAGAUUGGGCGUGAGGUGAAAAUAUCUUGCCAAGUAGAAGCUGUUCCUUCUGAGGAGUUAACAUUUAGUUGGUUUAAAAAUGGUCGUCCAUUAAGAAGUUCUGAACGGAUGGUUAUUACGCAGACUGAUCCAGAUGUCUCCCCGGGAACGACAAACUUGGACAUCAUUGAUUUAAAAUUCACGGAUUUUGGGACAUACACAUGUGUAGCAUCUCUGAAGGGAGGAGGAAUAUCUGAUAUCAGUAUUGAUGUUAAUAUAUCCAGCAGCACAGUUCCACCCAAUCUGACUGUUCCACAGGAAAAAUCACCUUUGGUCACCAGAGAAGGAGACACAAUAGAACUGCAGUGUCAAGUAACUGGAAAACCUAAACCCAUCAUCCUUUGGUCUAGAGCGGAUAAAGAAGUUGCAAUGCCUGAUGGGUCAAUGCAAAUGGAGAGUUAUGAUGGAACACUGAGGAUUGUGAAUGUAUCUAGGGAAAUGUCAGGAAUGUACCGAUGUCAGACCAGCCAGUACAAUGGAUUUAAUGUGAAACCAAGAGAAGCCUUGGUGCAGCUCAUCGUGCAGUAUCCUCCUGCUGUGGAACCAGCAUUUCUGGAAAUCCGGCAAGGACAAGACCGCAGUGUCACUAUGAGCUGCAGGGUCCUGAGAGCCUAUCCAAUACGGGUGCUGACCUAUGAGUGGCGCUUGGGAAACAAAUUAUUACGGAUGGGUCAGUUUGACUCUCAAGAAUACACAGAGUACCCGGUGAAGAGUCUUUCCAACGAAAACUAUGGGGUUUAUAAUUGUAGCAUCAUAAAUGAAGCUGGAGCAGGGAGAUGCAGCUUUCUUGUUACAGGAAAGGCCUAUGCUCCAGAAUUCUAUUACGAUACCUACAAUCCUGUGUGGCAGAACAGACACCGUGUUUACUCCUACAGUCUACAGUGGACUCAAAUGAAUCCUGAUGCAGUAGAUCGGAUCGUUGCAUACCGGUUGGGUAUUAGGCAGGCUGGACAGCAGCGAUGGUGGGAACAGGAGAUUAAAAUAAAUGGAAAUAUUCAAAAGGGAGAAUUAAUUACAUAUAACUUGACUGAGCUAAUUAAACCAGAGGCUUAUGAAGUCCGACUGACUCCUCUCACCAAAUUUGGAGAAGGAGAUUCAACAAUUCGUGUCAUCAAAUAUAGUGCUCCUGUUAAUCCUCAUUUGAGAGAAUUUCACUGUGGAUUUGAAGAUGGUAACAUUUGUUUGUUUACCCAAGAUGAUACAGACAAUUUUGACUGGACAAAGCAAAGUACUGCAACAAGAAAUACAAAAUAUACUCCAAACACUGGACCUAACGCUGAUCGUAGUGGCUCCAAAGAAGGUUUUUAUAUGUACAUUGAGACAUCUAGACCCAGAUUGGAAGGAGAAAAGGCUCGACUUCUCAGCCCUGUUUUCAGCAUAGCUCCCAAAAACCCUUAUGGACCCACGAACACUGCAUAUUGUCUCAGCUUCUUUUAUCACAUGUAUGGACAACAUAUAGGUGUUUUAAAUGUUUAUCUACGUUUGAAAGGGCAGACAACGAUAGAGAAUCCACUGUGGUCUUCAAGUGGGAAUAAAGGACAACGGUGGAAUGAGGCACAUGUUAAUAUAUAUCCAAUUACUUCAUUUCAGCUCAUUUUUGAAGGUAUUCGAGGUCCUGGCAUAGAAGGUGACAUUGCCAUUGAUGAUGUAUCAAUUGCAGAAGGAGAAUGUGUAAAACAAGACUUAACGACUAAGAAUUCCGUUGAUGGUGCUGUUGGAAUUUUAGUACAUAUAUGGCUUUUUCCGGUUAUCGUCCUCAUCUCUAUCUUAAGUCCUCGAAGGUGACCUUACCCUGGCAGAGGCUAUAAAAGAUUCACCAGGCACUGGCAUGAAGAAAGAGUCUUUGUAAAUGGACAUUGAAAAAACAAACUACCAAAGAUUCCUCCACUGACUACUGACUCAAAAUAAAAUAAUAAAAACAAAUUUUUUAAGCACUGGGGAUAAAAAGACAUCAUGGAAAUAUAACUUAUUCCGCACUACAAAUAAAAGAAAAUCUUGACCUGAGUAGAGAAGAGACCUUCAGGUGCUUUUGUGGCUAAAAAGAUUACAGCGUCAUCUGGUCAUCUGGUUGAACUCGGAAAAAAAAAAAAAAAAAAAAGCUAUAGAAAUCCUUGUCAAAGCACAAAGUCAUGGCUGGUUUUGUUUCAAAUGAAUAGUUUGCUUGUUACCAUGGAAACCUAAUGGCCUGCCAACAAAAACCUCACUGUAAACAGGGUACGUGAAGAGCUGGCAUUUAUUUUCCUUUUGAGAAGGUUUUGCAUAGAGAAUUAAAUAAAUGUAGGCCCUUUUACCUUUGGUUGUUACCAUUCCUUGAAAAUAACCUGAACUCAGAAUUAUUUACAACAUUUUUCUUCCUCCCCACCUUAUCCCCAUCCCACCUUUAUUAUUAUUGUUUUCCUCCCAUGGCUAAGCUAGAUAACUGUAUGCUGUCUCUUUUUGCAUGCACUGCUAUCCAGGAUGGUAAACCUGGGCUUACAUAUUACACAGGCUUAUCGGAGUUUGCUUGCGGCCACUUGAACACCCAAACUAAGUCAUCUGUUCCAACGAAGAAACCAAACCAUCAUCUUUUAUAAAUUGCCAUGGAAACCAAGUGCCUUCAAUGAAACAAGCCUGAAUAAUUUUCAACUCAGAAGUUUGCACUGCUAAGAGUGGUUUGUGUAAAACUGUUUUAUAAACAAACUACAGAGCCUAAAUGUGCAAAUUACAGGCAAGACAACAAAGCCGCUUCUGAAGAAGAAAGGACCGAAGCUGCUGCGUAAGCCCAUGCAGACAAGAUAUUUGUUGUUUGACCUCCUAGACAGCCAUGGCCUUUCGGCUUAUUGUCCAUUAGAAAAUAACUUCCAUUGAGACCAGACAUGGGAGCAACACUUUUUUCUUCCAGGUUAUUAAAUGGGUCAACCAGAGCAAAAGGUUGUUAAGAUAAUACUUAGCGCAGAAGGUGGUAAAACAGGAGUGAUUUUUUACUCUAACCUCCAUUUGAAAUGAAAUUGGCCCUAGCUUUAGAGGGAACAAGAAAAUGUUUGUGAUUGCAGUACAUACAAACUCUACAGUGGAACUGGGCCUGAAAAAAUCUGGCUUUAUUCUAGACACUGAGGGUAAUAUGCCUCUGCCCUUUAGUCAGACUCUGUGAAAAUUGUGAAAUAUUAUUUUAUUAUUUUACCAAGAUUAAAAAACACUUUUACAAAAAAACAAAAACCUGUAAAAAUGAUUUUGAGCUACCUGAGGACAAAUCAUACCUUUAACCAGCCAGUUUUCCAAUGCAUUGUAAAUUUCACUUAAACCUGUUGGUUAUGAAAAUUUGAAGAUCUUUUUCCUUAAAUUAUCUCAGCUUUUAACUUCAUUUAAAAAGACUUUUGUCUAAAGAAGAAUAUUAUUAUUAUUAUAUGUUCUUUCAACACCCCAGGAUUAAAAAAAAACUGAUUAUGCAAGUAAUUGGGAUAUAAGUAUUAAAUUAUAACAUUUGCAAAUAUUAAUAUAAAAAGCACAACAAAAUGUAGUGGAAAAAUGACAAAGCUUGAUUUUUUUAAAAAAAUAAUUCUGUAGAAAUGUUUGUGCAAAUUCAGUAAUCCAACUUAAAAGAUAAUUUUACAGCUAUGUUCAAUAAAGCCUCUUUCCAGGUAAGGUAUGAAAAGCAGUAUGUGUGUUUGUUGAACGAUGUUCACUUAUCACCAAAAUGAGACUAGUUAUACAAUUUAUUGGUUAUGUCUCCAUGGGAUAAAUCUUCAGUGUUUCGUAUACUUUAAUGUCUGCAGGAAGAAAUUUUGAUAGGAAAUCUCUGAUGCACUCUCCCUUAUUUGUAAUAGUUGUAAAAAAAAGUCAAACUUUUGAAAGUGAAAUAUGAAACAAAUAUGAACUUGGAAUUUAAUGUGUAUUUUCAUAGUUAAAGAGGGAACCAGUCUGAAUAUCCAGGUAAUGGUAGAAUUGAGCUAAGCCAUGUUCUUUAAAUUAAGCAGAAUAA